GGGCGGGGCGCGCUGUCGCCCGGCCUGUCUAGAGCACAGCGGCGUCAGUGGCGGCAGUGGAGGUAGUGGCGGCGGUACGGCGCAGGGAUCUGCCUGGGGAGCGGCACCAUGAGCGGAUCACAGAACAAUGACAUUAAAAGACAAUUUCUGCUGGAGCGACUGCUGGAUGCAGUGAAACAGUGCCAGAUCCGCUUUGGAGGGAGAAAGGAAAUCGCCUCGGAUUCUGACAGCAGGGUGACCUGUCUGUGUGCCCAGUUUGAGGCUGUCCUACAGCAUGGCUUGAAGAGGAGUCGAGGAUUAGCACUAACAGCAGCUGCGAUCAAACAGGCAGCGGGCUUCUCCAGCAAAACUGAAACAGAGCCCGUGUUCUGGUUCUACGUGAAGGAGGUCCUCAGCAAGCACGAGCUGCAGCGCUUCUAUUCCCUGCGUCACAUCACCCUGGACGUGGGCCGUGGCCGGGCCUGGCUGCGCUGUGCCCUCAAUGAACACUCACUAGAGCGCUACCUGCACAUGCUCCUGGCUGACCGCAGCAGGCUCAGCACUUUUUAUGAAGACUGGUCUUUUGUGAUGGAUGAAGAAAGGUCUAGCAUGCUUCCUACCAUGGCAGCUGGUCUGAACUCCAUACUCUUCUCGAUCAACAUUGACAACAAGGAUUUAAAUGGGCAGAGUAAAUUUGCUCCUACUGUCUCAGACCUCUUAAAGGAGUCAACGCAGAAUGUGACUUCCUUGCUGAAGGAGUCGACGCAAGGAGUGAGCAGCCUAUUGAGAGAGAUCACGGCAUCCUCUGCUGUCUCCAUCCUCAUCAAACCUGAACAGGAGACCGACCCCCUGCCCGUCAUGCCCAAGCACAUCGGUGCCGAUGCCAAAUGUAAAAAGGAACGGAAGAAGAAAAAGAAGGUGACCAACAUUAUCUCAUUUGAUAAUGAGGACGAUGAGCAGAAUGCUGGUGAUGGUUUUAAAAAGUUACCUGGGACUGGGGAGAGCUCGGAGGAGAACUCUGACCGCUCCUCGGUCAAUAUCAUGUCAGCCUUUGAAAGCCCCUUUGGGCCUAAUUCCAAUGGAAGUCAGAGCAGCAACUCAUGGAAAAUUGAUUCACUGUCUUUGAAUGGGGAGUUUGGGUACCAGAAGCUUGAUGUAAAAAGCAUCGAUGAUGAGGAUGUUGAUGAAAAUGAGGAUGAUGUGUACAUGCCGGGAAGGAAGCACAUGAGCCACUCAGAGUCACCUGAGAAGCCACUGGACGGGAACACCUGCCUCUCCCAGAGGCACAGCUGGGCUCCACUGCAGGUGCUGCACGGUGACACCGAUGUCCUCUUUCCGGUCAGCGGAAUGGGCUCCUUCAGCCCUGCAGAUGCCCCCGUUGGAAGCCUGGAGAACGGGACAGGCCCUGAGGACCGCGUGCUCCCAGACCCUGGACCUCGGUACAAUGUGGAAGCCAGUUCUCCAGGCCAAGGAAGUCCCCUGAGCAGCCUGUUACCUUCUGCCUCGGUGCCAGAGUCGAUGACGAUUAAUGAACUGCGACAAGCCAUCGUGGCCAUGAUGAACAGGAAAGAUGAGCUGGAGGAGGAGAACAGAUCACUGCGGAACCUGUUGGAUGGUGAGAUGGAGCACUCGGCUGCCCUCCGGCAGGAGGUCGACACCUUGAAAAGGAAGGUGGCUGAGCAGGAGGAGCGGCAUGUCACAAAAAUCCAGGCAUUGGCAAGGGAAAAUGAGGUGCUCAAAGUCCAGCUGAAGAAAUAUGUAGGAGCUGUCCAGAUGCUGAAAAGAGAAGGUCAAACAGCUGAAGUUGUACCAAACCUUUGGAACGUUGAUGGGGAAGUCACAGUCACUGAGCAGAAGCCAGGAGAGGUUGCCGAGGAACUCGCCAGCUCCUAUGAAAGAAAGCUCAUUGAGGUGGCAGAGAUGCAUGGUGAGCUGAUUGAGUUCAACGAGCGCCUGCACAGGGCCCUGGUGGCCAAGGAAGCCCUCGUGUCCCAGAUGAGGCAGGAGCUCAUCGACCUCCGGGGGCCGGUGCCUGGAGAUUUGAGUCAAACAUCCGAAGACCAGAGUUUGUCAGAUUUUGAAAUAUCCAACCGGGCGCUGAUCAAUGUCUGGAUCCCAUCCGUGUUUCUCCGGGGCAAAGCAGCGAAUGCAUUCCAUGUGUACCAGGUCUACAUCCGGAUAAAAGACGAUGAAUGGAAUGUCUAUCGACGGUACACAGAGUUCAGGAGUUUGCACCACAAGUUGCAGAACAAAUACCCUCAAGUGAGAGCCUACAACUUCCCACCCAAGAAGGCCAUUGGAAACAAGGAUGCCAAGUUUGUGGAGGAACGAAGGAAGCAGCUCCAGAACUACCUGCGCAAUGUCAUGAACAAAGUCAUCCAGAUGGUCCCUGAGUUUGCCACCAAUCCCAAGAAAGAGACCCUCGUUCAGCUGAUGCCCUUCUUUGUUGACGUUACGCCCGGAGAACCACUGAACAAGAACAGCCGGCCGAAAGUGGCCUCCCGCUUCCCCAAGCUGUCCCGCAGUCACCCCCGGGAGGCACGCAAUGUGGAGCCCCAGAGCGGCGACCUCUGACCUUGAUGGAAUCCCAGACUCGGGCCCUAUGUGCUGCGCCAGCUGCCUCUACCCUGGCCACUCUGCAUCCAAUGUGGCCACAGCAGCUGACCCCUUACACCUUGGAGUGACAACCACCUCCGACCUGGUGAACCCCAGAGAGCACACCUUCCCCACCAGUUACAUGACACCCUGAUUAAACUGGUCAGUCAGAGAGCAAGGUGGCUCCUUGCUGGACAGGCUCGGACACACGGGCACCCACCACUCCCCCAGGGUCUGCCCUGAGCAGCAAGGGUCGCCCGUUUCCUCUCCAGCCCAGGGGCCAGCAGGAGGGUGGGCACCAGGUUGGGCAUGGAGCCCCCUGGUUGAGAUGCACAACUUUGGUAUUUCAUUUGGUCAGAAGAUUCACUCAGAAACAACCUCUUGACUCUUUCCCACACGGGAAUUAGAAUGACUGUUACAGUCUCUUUUUUUUUUUUGUUUUGUUUUCCUUUUAAUGUAAUUGCCUGCUACAACCCAUGGCCAGGUUGGGGUGGGGGCUGCUCUUCUCCAUUUUACGUUCCACCAGUGGUCAUCAGACACCUUAGUUUCGCCAGCACGGCCAGCAGCAGCUCUGUGGCAUCACUCCUCCCGGGGUCCGGUGCGGUGGCCUGCAUGUGAAGAAGCCAUUAAGUGCUGCUGAACUGUGGCUCUGGGCGCACAACUAGCUUCUGGAAGGUCCAGCCUGUGUAGGAAGCCUGAAGCCCCUGGAUCCACAUGCACCUUUGUCAGGUUUGGGGGACCCUCACCCAUCCAGGCCGGAACCAUUAGCAGCAUCCUGGUGACCCCAUGUCAGAGAGGUCUGGGCUGUCCAGAAAUCAGGGGCCAUGGCCUCACAAGCCAAGAGGCCUCAAGGCCGUGAGAGACUCAGCUCUGCAGAAGGCUCUGGGAGACCUCCGGCCAUCAUACUCAGCUCCAGAGCUCCAUGGCUGCACCGUGGCUCUCCGUGGACGUGGACACGGUGUCUGCCUUGCACAGAUCGUGAUCAUCCCCACCCAAAGACACCCUAAAGACAUGGGCCCGUAGUGCACCCCUGCUCCCAACACGCUCUCGUGGGGACAGGGCCCUGUGCGCCCUGGACCGAGUCCCCUGUGCCCCGUCUCAGAACAGGCCCCGCUGACAGGCGGGAAGAGGAUAAAGAUGAGAGCGUGGCGACCACCACAGGCUUCCCCCACCCCAGACCCCUCCCAGGACCAGCGCGUCUGCCGGUGUUCACAGAAUCAUGGAACUGUCUUUCCCCUUGGGCAAGAGCCAUCUUCAGCUGCUGAGGACCAUUUUGAAGAGUUUGCAUUUUCUGGAGGAAGUAUUCAAAAACUAGAUACGAAAUUGCGAAACAGACUACACAGGAAUAAGUUAAACCGGAAGAUAGAACGUGGGAAGAUAGACGGAUGACGUGUGUGUGUGGCGGAGGGUCAGUGGGGGCGACCCACGCCCUCUCCCUGGGGUGUGUCAAUGUGUUAGCUCGGAACUUGGUGAACAGGCAGGUGCGCACUGAGCAUUUCCUGGACAGAGAAAGGCUCUGGGAAGACUCACCUGGCAGGUUGUUAUGCUGUGUUCUGUCAGCCCCAUGAACCUUAUUCAGGGCAGUUCUAAAGCUGACUUGAUGUACGCACAACCCUGCCGAGAAAGAGGCCGGAAGAGCUGGUGAGCCGUGCCCCGGUGAGCAGAGGGCCUGCUGCCCUCGUGGCUGGAGGCGGGAGUGUGUGGCAGGAGUCCCUGCUCUCAGCACAUGGGGGUUAGAGCACCUGAGAGACCGUGUCCUAGAAAGGCAACAUGGUUUCUUUCUUCCUUUGUUUCAGUUCCAAGUCCACAGGGCCCCCUGGGUCUCUGCGGCUGGCUGCUCCGAACAGAGCCUCCUGGACUAAAUCAUCAGGACUCUCAGAGCGCAAACUGCACUGCGUCCUGACACCUACAUUGUGUCUCCUCCCCUCAGUCAUUUGGAAGUCGGUCUUUGAUCUCCACUGAAAGACUGUCCCAGCACCACCUGUCUGGACAGUGGGACCUGCCCCGAGACGUCUCCUUUCUGUCUGUAUUAGAUGUGGAAGGGAACCACCCCCCACCCCCCAGUGCCCCCACCCGGGCCCAGGGUUCUGGUCGGCCAGUCUUUCUGAUACCUGACCUGAAACAUCUGCACGCGAAUCUGGCCUUGCCUUCUCCAUCCAACCCUCCAGAGACCUGCUUCCCAGCUACGACAGGACCAAUGCUAAGUCUGGAGAAGAAAACCCACACCCAGCCUGUAAUUAAAAAGAAGAAACCCUGCCUCCACAUUUUUAAAAGCUUAACUAUUCAUGAAAACUUGCCCUACUCUCCCAAAGUGAAGACUGUAAAAGCACGUUCCUAGGGGCCCUGCGGGCAUCAUCAGCGGCUUGUUCUUUGCACCCCUGUUUUGUGAUCAUGCAGAAACCCUGGGACCAUCUUUAACGCACAGACCACCCCCUGAUUUCAGCUCAGACAUACAUGUGACAUGCACAUUGCAGCAGCUCCUCAAAGCCUUAAUUUUGGAGUCACAUAGAAUGCUCUGCAGUGAUCUCAUCCACUCAGCUGCUCAGUAAAUCCCUGACCCCUAGUUCCUGAAGGAGACAAACUACCCAGGGUCACAGGUCCAGGCUGAGAGCUGGUGCAUUAAAUGCCACCCCCUCAGGACAUUCACUUGCCCUUCAACCAAGGCCCAGUUUGGAGGGCAGGCUGUGGUCCGCCCUCGAAAUACCCACUUAACCCCCUGGGCCCCUUCAGCAGAAAAGACAGCCCUGUGGAAAGGACCAAUAAAAGUUGCCUGUGUCCUUGGUCCAAUUAGAAGAUUCUUUGGUGGCCCUCAAAUUGGCAGCUAAGAGAGGAAGCCCUCCCUGUUCAGAGGGAAACCAGUGGGGUCUGCCUCUCUCUAGAGGGCCUUGAACCCCGAGGACCACGCCUAGACUGGGCUCAAGAGUCCAUUCCAGGACCUCUCACCAAAGGCAAUCUAUCGGCUCACAGGAAGCUUUAGCAAGAACAUCACUAGGGUCUGUCUCUGUCAGCAUCUCAUCUGUUUCUUGCUCCCUUGCCCCCAGAUGAAGCAAACAGGAAGGGCAGAGAUGUCUCUCCCAAAGCUCCCAGGAAGGCAGUCCAAGGCUGGUGCAGACCUAGACCAGAGCCACUCCUGACCAGGGAGUGAGCCUUCCCAGCCAGCGCCUGCAGUCAGUCAGUCCACUGCUCAAGCUUGGCAUGGCCAGCUCCAGCUCCUGGACUCUUGUUCCUGGGCACAUACCUCGCACGUUACUGGCAAGUAGUCAAUUGCAGAGAGCACAGAACCACAGUUAAAACAACCUGGUGUUUGUCUAGUCGGGCCCCUGGGGAAGGAGUGGCUAUCGUGUCCAUGGAGGUCACACUUAACACCCCAUAGCCAGGCACAUCCUAGGGCUCCCGGGCUACAGAAGGGGCACUGAUUGAGUUGUAAGGACAGGACACCGUCUUGUGAGACUGUGGGCAAGGGCUUGAGGACGAGGUGUAAUUACGGCACUUGGCUCUGCUCUGGCUCAGAGCUUAUUAAGAUGAGUCCUUUGAUAACCACUGAGAUUUUACUGGGGCAGCAGGUUGUGUUGUGACUAUAACAAAACAGAGGCAAUCAAAGCUGUCACAUCUCUAGGACGGAUAACACCGUUGUAACUAAUGCAAGAGGCAGCCGGCCCUGGAGGCCUGAUAAUUAGUCCCCAGGUUUAGGGCCAGAGUCAGGAGGAGGAAGACAGCCAGCCAGCCAGGCUGAUCAGAGGCAGCGUGGCUCAUUUCCCAGCAGCAGGGCUGUGGCCAGACCAGCUGGUAGCCUCCUUUUUCCUUGGUGUCACAUGGGACAGUUUGCCCACCUGAGGACCAGAUCACAGGGUUCCAGGCCUCGGCCCCCACCCCACCCACUCACCUUCACAUGGGGCAGCCCAGCCCAGAGAUGCCAGCUGCCUCCUGCUCCCCGUCCCCCCACCCCGUGGAGGCCAGGCCCUGCUCUCUGGGGCCCCAGCAGGCACCUUCUAACCCAUCCCUCCAGACUCCUUCCUUCAUCCUGGCUCCUUUCUACAAGCCCCAGUGUCUCCUGGCCUUCGCAGGUAACUGAUGGCAAAGAACAGGCUGGUUUCCAUCCUAGUCCUGGGGAUGGGCAUGCCUCAGACCUGCUCGAGAAAGACCCUGCCAAGGGCCCCACUGCCCACAACAUCAGAUUGGCUAAGAGGUAUCCCACGGGCCACAACUCAUACUCAGUCUCCAACCACAAAGGCAAUAACUGUCUCGGCUUUUCCCGCGUGUUUCACUCGGGCUAGUGCUGCACACGCUGGACCAUCUCCCCGGCCUGCGGGCUGAGCCUCGGCAGAACGAGGACCCUUCCAGCAGGCAGGCGCCUGCUUCUGUGCAAGGUCUUUUGGAGCGAUUAUUUUUUAAAUAUUGUGAAUUGUUUCACUAAAUAUUUGCUGUUCAGAUUGGCUUCUGUGCUAAUUUUACACAAUUGUAGCACUGUAUAUUUUAUCUAAAAUUUCUGUGCCAAAAAAUUCAUUUUCAUGUUUCUGUAACGCGGUUGUGAUUAUGUCCCUAAAAUAGAACUCCAGCUAGGGGACCAGUGGGGGUGAGGGUGGGGCACUGCUGAGCCCCUGCCCUGCACAAAGCCCUCGGCACUCAGCCCCCGUUGCUGACACGCACUCAUCAGUCCCUCUCAGGACUGCAUAUCCUUUCAGCCCGCAGCUGGCGCCAGGCUGCGGGCUGAUUUCCUGCCCAGGGCCCUUGCUGUUGUCUCUGAAUCCUGAGGGCCACAGUGGGCGGGCUCUCCGACCCACCCACCCACCCAGUUUCUUUGGAGCAAAAAAACGGUCUGGUUUCUCUAGAAGAUGGUUGAGCCUGUAGCCUGGGUGAUUGUGGCACCAGUAGAAUGUGCUGGGUUCGCUAGUGUUUUGAGUCCAGGGGUCGGUUCUCACUGGCAUGCGAAUGUGCUCCCAUCAUAACUGGAACGCCACAGCUGGCCUGUCCAGGCUACCACCGCCCCCCACGUCUGCUCAGGGCUGCUUCCUGCCGUCGGGAACUACAGGGGAGAGGCCCCUUGUUCACCUUGCUGACUCUCCCACCUAUGGACCAUGCGGGAGACGCCCUUGCAAAACCUGGGACUGGGGGCAUGGACGGGGACUAGAUGGCAGAUUGUACCUUUGCAGCAGUCACUAGACACUCCAGAAAUGAGCCUGGAGGACAUGUGUGUCCAGGAGUGAGGGGAUGGGGGAGCUAAUCAGGAUUUUUUUAAUUAUCUAGGAUUCAUCCUAGAAAGAGCGUCUUUACCUCUGCAGCCUUAGCUUCACCAUCCCUGGCACAGCCGUUGAGUAAAACACUGCUUAACCCAUCAGGUACUGACUUCUUGGACGAGGGCGUCUUUUGAACACAGGAGCCAUGUUCACCCCAGGCCCGGAGGCCGUCAGCCUGGCCGAGUCCCCGAGACUGGGCCCCAGCGGCCCGGCCAGCGGGGCUAGGACAGCAACGCAGCGGAGUCUGGUCUGCCUACCGCCUGUAUGUAAGUGAGGCCCAGACGUGUGCAGGUUCACUCCGAAAUGUGUAGUGUUAUCUUAACUACCCUCUUAUGUUAAGGUUUACAUGAUAGAAUUUUUAAACAAAUGUGUUUAAUUUUCUAAAAUUUCUUGUAUUAAAAUUUUCUUUUGGAAUAAGCUGUGGUAAUUUUGUUACAAUCUGGUUGAGAUACACCUCUUUACAAUGACAAAAUAAAAAUGGUGACAUUUUAUAAAUUAAA